AUGUUGGCUUCCAGAAUCCAGCGCAGGGCUUUCUCUGCCUCUGCCCGCAACCUCUCCAAGGUUGCCGUCCUCGGUGCUGCCGGUGGCAUUGGCCAGCCUCUUUCUCUGCUCCUCAAGCAGAACCCCAAGGUUACUGAGCUUGCCCUGUACGAUAUCCGCGGCGGACCCGGUGUCGCUGCCGACCUUUCCCAUAUCAACACCAAGUCUACCGUCAAGGGAUAUGAGCCCACCGCUGCUGGCCUCGCCGAGUGCGUCAAGGGCUCCGACAUCGUCCUCAUCCCCGCUGGUGUCCCCCGUAAGCCCGGCAUGACCCGUGACGAUCUCUUCAACACCAACGCCUCCAUUGUCCGCGAUCUCGCCAAGGCUGUUGCUGAGUCUGCUCCCAAUGCCAAGCUCCUCGUCAUUGCGAACCCCGUCAACUCGACCGUUCCUAUCUGCGCCGAGGUCUUCAAGGCCCGCGGUGUCUACAACCCCAAGACGCUUUUCGGUGUCACCACUCUGGAUGUUGUCCGCGCCAGCCGCUUCGUCUCUGAGAUCAAGGGAACUGACCCCAAGGACGAGAACAUCACUGUCAUUGGCGGUCACUCCGGUGUCACUAUCGUCCCUCUCUUCAGCCAGAGCAACCACCCCGACCUGAGCUCCAACGCUGAGCUCGUCAAGCGUGUCCAGUUCGGUGGCGACGAGGUCGUCAAGGCCAAGGAUGGCGCUGGUUCUGCCACCCUCUCCAUGGCCAUGGCUGGUGCUCGCAUGGCCGACUCUCUCCUCCGUGCUUCUGCUGGCGAGAAGGGUGUCAUUGAGCCCACUUUCGUCGACUCACCCCUCUACAAGGACCAGGGCAUUGACUUCUUCUCCAGCAAGGUCGAGCUGGGCCCCGACGGCGUCAAGCAGAUCCUGCCCGUUGGCGAGAUCGACGCCGCUGAGGAGAAGCUUGUCGAAGCUUGCCUGGGCGACCUCAAGAAGAACAUCGAGAAGGGUGUCACUUUCGUUGCUCAGAACCCUGGAAAAUAA